AUGGCUCCCAAGCUGCGGAUCCGGAGCAGGCUAGCAACGGGCUCCGGAGCAAGCGCCAUCCCGUGUCUCCAGACUCACAACUAUCACCAGAUGAAACGGACUUUGAUGGUCAGUGUCUCUUCUCUUCGGGUAUCUCUGCGAAAGCUGUUUGAGUUCAGUUUUCCCUUGCGGGGAGUUUUGGUAGAGUCUGGUCCCUGGGUCGAGGGCGGCCGGCCGGAGGGGGCUGGACCUGACUCUCGCGCCACGCAGGGGAGACUGAGGGUGGUGCGCACGCUCUCCGUGGCCCUGCAGUACCUGCACCCGAGCGCUGAUCCGGGACAGCGGCCCAUGAAUGCCUUCAUGGUGUGGGCCAAGGACGAAAGGAAACGCCUGGCGGUGCAGAACCCAGACCUGCACAACGCAGAGCUCAGCAAGAUGCUGGGAAAGUCAUGGAAGGCACUGACCCUGUCGCAGAAGAGGCCCUAUGUGGAUGAGGCAGAGCGGUUGCGCCUACAGCACAUGCAGGAUUACCCCAACUACAAGUACCGGCCCCGCAGAAAGAAACAAGGGAAACGCCUCUGCAAGCGUGUGGACCCUGGCUUCCUCUUGAGCUCCCUCUCUCGUGACCAGAACACGCUGCCUGAGAAAAACGGCGUUGGCAGGGGUGCACUGGGGGAGAAGGAGGACAGGGGUGAGUACUCCCCAGGUGCUGCCCUGCCUGGACUACACAGCUGUUACCAUGAAGGUGCAGCCGGUGCCCCUGGCAGUGUGGACACAUAUCCCUAUGGGCUGCCCACACCCCCAGAGAUGUCGCCCCUGGAUGUGCUGGAGCCCGAGCAGACCUUCUUCUCAUCCUCGUGUCAGGAGGAGCAUGGCCACCCCCACUGCCUCCCCCACCUACCAGGGCCCCCUUACUCACCAGAAUUCACUCCUAGUCCCCUCCACUGCAGCCACCCUCUAGGUUCUUUGGCCCUUGGUCAAUCCCCAGGGGUUUCUAUGAUGUCCACUGUUCCCGGCUGUCCCCCAUCUCCAGCCUACUACUCUCCUGCCACCUACCACCCUCUACACCCCAACCUCCAGGCCCACCUGGGCCAGCUCUCCCCACCUCCCGAGCACCCUGGCUUCGACACACUGGAUCAACUGAGCCAGGUGGAACUUCUGGGGGACAUGGAUCGCAAUGAAUUUGAUCAGUAUUUGAACACUCCUGGCCACCCUGACUCUGCUGCAGGGGCUGGGAACCUCAGUGGGCAUGCCCCACUCUCCCAGGGAACUACAACAGGCCCAACAGAGACCAGCCUCAUCUCUGUCCUGGCUGAUGCCACAGCCACAUACUACAACAGCUACAGCGUGUCAUAGAGCCAAAGGCGUGGAACCUGGCCCAGCCCUGCUGUCCUCUCCUCCCUCUGAAGCACUGAACAGAAUAGAAACUGUACUGUUACCAUCCCUCGGUGGCAGGAGGUCAGUACUGCUGUCCCAGAGCCUUCAGUCUAAAGCCAGGAUCCAGCGCCCCUUGUGUCCCUUCAAAUGUGUUUCAUUGGCUUCACCCUGGAAGCACAGCCGUGAGGAGCUGGAUCUGGGUAGGACUUCCUGGCCACUCUUCUGUCUCCCUGUCAGUGUGGCUGAUGGUGGGAAGCCCAAUACCUUGGAGCUCCUGCUUUUGAUGUAGCCACUUCUGAUCUGUGGUGCUCCCAGUGAGAAGGACCCUGAAUCUGGGGUCCUUCUCAGUUCAGUCUCUAACUGGCAAAACCCCAUUCUGGCUUGACGAGCCUUAACUGUUCUCUCCUGUAAAGUGGGGGCUGGUUUGAUAGCCAAGCCCCUGCUCUAUGGAUCCCUGAGUUACGGCCCUCUCAAUGCCAAGAAAAGUGUGACCCCAGUAAUGGACAGCCUCAUGGGGACUUCACGUGUACUGCCCAAGUCUCCAGGUUUUCUGCUUCUCUGGUCUUUCUGGUCUACAGCCACCCUAGAGUUCCAAAGGAACUCCUCCAAUUGAGAAAAAUAUUCUCAAUUGGCAAGAUGGCUCCUGAUGGCUCAGUGGGUAAAAGUGCCUGCUGCCAAGCCUGACGACCUACGUUCUAUCCCCGGAGCCUCCAUGGUAGAAGGAGAGAACUGACUCCUGAAGUUGUAUUCUGACCUCUGUGUGCAUGCCAUAGCACCUGUGCCUCUGAAUUCUAUGUGUGCUUGAGCGUGCUCACAUACAUACACACACAUACUGAACGCAAUUUUUUUUUUUAAGGAAACAUGUACUCUGGUUUGGGAAAUUAAUGAGUAUGUUCAACUAUAUCACUGAAAGCAAAAUUGAAUUCAAAGCUUUUUUGUUUGUUUGUUUGUUUCUCUUCUGAGACUGGGUUCAUCUGUGUAGCCCUGGCUGUCUUGGAAUUCACUUUGUAGACCAGGCUGGCCUCAAACUCAAAGCCU